UUUUAUUCAGAUUCCUCGGUGGCGGCAAGUAGUGGUGGCUCAACACACGUAGCAUACAUUUUCCCCCCCGAACAUUCGUAACCCUACACAGUAACAAAAUGUCCCGUGUUCUAAAUUGCAUUGUUGCUGUCUGCCCCGAUUUGGGAAUUGGCAAUAACGGACACCUACCGUGGCAUCCGAUACGACUCAACAAUGAAUUCAAACAUUUCCAGAAGAUGACAAUGACGGUAUCUGUGGAAGGUAAACAGAAUGUUGUGAUCAUGGGCAGGAAGACGUGGUUCUCCAUCCCAGAGAAGAAUAGACCACUGAAAAACAGAAUAAACAUCGUCCUCAGCAGGGAGCUCAAAGUGCCUCCAGUAGGAGCCCACUACCUUGCAUCAGACUUUGGCUCUGCCCUCAGCCUUCUGGACACUGCUGAAAUGGCAGAAAUGGUUGACCAGGUCUGGGUAAUAGGAGGAAGCACUCUUUACAAGGAGAUGAUGGAGAGCCCAGGGACAAGAAGACUCUUUGUCACCCGCAUACUACAGCAGUUUAAAAGUGAUACGUUCCUGCCUGAAAUUAAGCCUGACCAAUACCAACUUCUCCCAGAAGUUGCAGGUGACCGAAAGAUUACCAGGUCUGCUAACUGGUCAGCCAUGGCUGUGUUCUGGCAGUUCCCAUCAGGGAGAGGAUCAAGCUUCACGGUCAUUCCAGAAGAUUUGAAUGAUUGGACAUGCUGUGUGUGGGUAUUGGCAAAGAGAAAGGUUUUUCUUAUAGGUUCCCAGGAGUGGCAGAGGGCAUGCAGGAGGAGAAUGGAAUCCAGUACAGAUUUGAAGUGUAUGAGAGCACUGACCAAUGAUCUAAAAUAAAGUUAAACUGGAC